CAUCUCCAGCAAACUCAAGCCCAUAUUCUUGUUUCUCCGGCAAACAUCUAUCCCUCCAUCCUUGACCCAUUAACCAUUUCCUUAUUCUAAAUAAUUGGUAUCCCUUAAAAACCCAAAAUCAAAUUUUCAAAAUUGUUACCUUUUAGUCUUCUCUCUCCUCGACUCCAUUGUUGCUAUUAUCCUCUACUUUUUCCCCACUCUGUUUAACCCUAUGUUAGUCGACGAAAAUCUGAUGGCAACUCUGUCUCCUGCUCCCACCACCAACGCUUCUAUAGCAUGCCUCAGGUCGGCCCUACGUACAGCAGCGUCACCACCACCAUGGAUUUCGCUACCUCUGGAGUAUUCAACAAGAAAAAAAGUAGGUUAUUGUUAAUUUCCAACCUAUUCAGGUCGAGAUUUGAGAAAUUGAAUUUGGAUCCUAAGGCUGCUCCCCCAGAUUCUUACGAGGACCGUCAUCAUCUCCAUCCUCUUCCUGGCUCUCAAUGAUUUUCUCCGUACGACUUAAAAAACAACAAUCAAAUAUGUUCUACAUGGAGGAAUCAAUUGUUGGUGAUUGAAUAUCUCGCAGGGUGAUAGAUCGGGGAAUGUCGUCGGUUGGGAGAGAGAAGAACGAGGAUGAAGGCGGCAAUUGGUCAUCGCAUGGGAGCUCGUCGAAGGCACCACCUCAGUGGUGGAGGACACCAGCAGUGACUCGACAAAAUAAAGGCAAAAGCAUGUCCAAAGAAACAAGAAUAUGGGUUUGAGUUUACUGGAGAUGGAGAUCCUAGGAAGGAAGAGAUUGAACAGAAGGGAUGAUGAUGAGAGGAUAAAUUACUGACUUUCGU